CCCGCUGAUCAGUACCGUCUCAUUCUUCGGCUAGCCUGGGCCACGACCGGACUUUAUAUACCCCGUGACAAGUUCAAUCCCUCUCGCGUUCUGGCCCCUGAGGUGCUACCACGCUGUCUCUCCGUCCGUGUUGGUCGUCGCAAUGUCACCCUUCCCGAUCCCAUCUUUCAUGGUGGCAAUGCGCAGAAAUUUGGUCAUCGUCUACGCUUCGCCAUUGACAUCACUAACAAGGUUGCUUUUUUACUUUUCCUUUCUCUGCACUGCAUGUCCUGA